AUUUUGAUUUAUUUUAUAAAAAAAAUAAAAAUUGUACAGUUUCUAUAUACCUACACGUUAGUUGUAUUUAAUAAACUAAUGUACAUUUAAAAUCAAAACAAGCGGAGGCCUCAAGCAUUUUAUUAAAAUUAAUAAAAUAUUCGUUGGGGAAAAUAAAGGAAAUCUUAAAAAUCGACAUAAUUAUGUCAAUGUCUUCUGAAAAAGUCGAGUUUAGUCACUCCCAAUCCUUGUUGACUCCUAAAAUUUGUGCAAAUACAUCUUUUGAGUCCUUCCACUCUUCGCUUAAUGCCAACAAAUAUUACAGCAAUCAAAAAUCAGAAAACGCUAUUUGGUGCGAUGAAUACUUAAAAGAGAUUUUGGUUUCCUUAAAAGAGUCGGAAAAACGCCGACGAAAAAUUGAUUAUAAAUCACGCCAGAUUCCACACAGGGCUAUUCUGUUGAUGCUCAUGGAAAUUACAGCCAUCCGGAUCCCAUUGAAUCGGACAACGCUCCAUCUAGCUGUUUACCUUUUGGAUGGUUUCAUGGACACCUAUACUAUUUCCCAUGACAAAUUGAAUGCAUCUGCAUUGAUGUGCCUCCUAUUAGCUGCCAAAAUCGAAGAAGCCGAUCAGAAUAUUCCCAAAUUUGCCCAACUUAACGAAAUAGUUGAAAAUGCCUACACAAAUCAAGAUUUCAAAGUUGUCGAAAAGAAGAUCAUAACGACAUUUCAAUUUGAUUUGAUUCAUCCGACUGCGGCGACUUUUGUCGAAAGUUACUCCAAUCAGUUGGUUUCCUAUCAGGACUAUCUGUUCCAUCAAAUUCAUCAUUCAAAUACACGAUCAAGUGUAUUUUCUACAUACGAAUCGAUGAUAAAGGACAGUACUGAACUUCUUUUUAACAUAUUAGAUGUAACCUUACAUGACAAUAGGCUUGUAAAUUAUACCCCUUCGGUUGUGGGUGCAGCUUGUUUGGCUCUAACGCGUUCCCUCAAAAAAAUCCAGCCGGUCUGGACGGAGAGGCUUGUCGAAUUAACUGGAUAUAAUUAUGAGAAAAUCGAGCCAAUAGUUGAAGCUUUGGAAAUACUUUAUGCGUCACAUGCUCCGAAGGCAGACAAGAUAUGUGACAGUCCCGAAUCUGGAAUUGCUUCCGGUUCUGAUUGUAAAUCAGAAUCUGAAUCCGAAUCAGAUUCAGAUGAUGAGUAUGAUUUGGUUGAUUACCAUCCAGCCAUAAAGAGAAGGAGGAUAUUUCAUUGAAAUAUUUUUAAAUACCCAUUAAUUUCUCAUUAAUUGUAAAAUUUAAAAUUUUGCCGUUAAAAAAUUGUUAAUUUUUGUUCAAAAAAUGUUAUAUGAAAUUUGUUACUUGGAGGGGAAGCUAAAUAAAAAGUUUAUUUAUUUAAAUUGAA